AUGGACGAAAAAGAAGAAAAAGUGUCUCUGAGUCAGAUCAAACUGAAACCCCGUAUCUCCCUUUUCAAUGGCUGCACAAUCAUCAUCGGUGUCAUCAUCGGAUCCGGAAUCUUCGUCUCCCCGAAAGGAGUUCUUCUGGAGGCUGGAAGUGCUGGAAUGUCGCUUCUUAUCUGGUUGUUAAGUGGAGCUUUCGCUAUGGUUGGAGCCAUCUGUUAUUCGGAGCUUGGAACGUUAAUCCCAAAGUCUGGAGGAGAUUAUGCUUAUAUUUAUGAGGCUUUUGGACCACUACCUUCAUUCAUGUUCCUCUGGGCCGCUCUGGUUAUCAUUAAUCCAACUUCCCUCGCAAUCAUCGCUAUCACUUGUGCAACAUACGCUUUGCAACCAUUCUUCUCUUGCCCAGUUCCUGAGACGGUUAUCAAUCUUUUCGCUGGAUGCAUCAUCGCCGUUCUCACUUUCAUUAACUGCUGGGAUGUUCGAAUGGCCACGAGAACCAAUGAUUUCUUCACCAUCACAAAACUGUUGGCUCUUUCCAUGAUCGUUGUUCUUGGAGGUUACUGGUUGUCUUUGGGACAAAUCGACAAUCUUACUACGCCUGAUGUUACUGAAGGUACCCAGACAAAAGUGGCGGCGAUUGCCAUGGCAUUCUAUUCUGGAGUUUUCUCAUUCUCCGGAUUCUCCUAUCUCAACUUUGUCACUGAGGAACUCAAAAAUCCAUUCAAAAACUUGCCACGAGCCAUCUACAUUUCAAUCCCAAUCGUCACAAUUGUGUAUAUGCUCGUCAACAUUGCUUAUUUUGCAGUUCUCACUGUCGAUGAGAUCCUCGACUCUGAAGCAGUUGCCAUCACAUUUGCCGACAAGAUUAUGGGCUCUUUUGGAAGUAAAAUCCUCAUGCCACUGUUUGUUUCGUUUUCCUGCGUGGGAUCACUCAAUGGAAUCCUAAUCACAUGUUCCCGAAUGUUUUUCUCUGGUGCUCGAAACAAUCAGCUGCCCGAACUGUUCGCGAUGAUCUCGAUCAAGCAAUUAACCCCAAUUCCAUCACUAAUUUUCCUUGGAGGAACUUCAAUUAUCAUGCUUUUCAUUGGAAAUGUUUUUAAACUGAUCAACUAUCUCUCAUUUGCCGAAUCACUUGUUGUGUUUGCUUCAGUUGCUGGACUUUUGAAAUUGAGAUUCACGAUGCCAGAAGACGUUCUUCGUAGCCGCCCCAUCAAAAUCAGCCUCUUCUGGCCCAUCAUAUUCUUCUUGAUGUGUCUUUUCUUGUUGAUUCUUCCAUUCUUCCACAGUGAUCCAUGGGAACUUGUCUAUGGAGUAUUCCUCGUUCUAUCCGGAAUCCCUAUCUAUGCUCUCUUUGUCUAUAACAAAUGGCGGCCCGGAUUCAUACAAUCAGUGUGGAUAGGUUUCACUCAUUUCGUACAGAAACUGUUCUAUUGUGUCCCUGAACUUUCUUCUUCUUGA